ACUGCUUUGUUGUCCCAAAAAAUGGAAAUUCGUGAAGGCUCCGAUGAACUUUAUUGACCUGCUAGCUAUAAUACCGUUCUACCUGUCCCUGGUUUUGGAAGGUUUAGAAGAUGUUGAUAUGAUUGGCAAAGCUGGGAAAAUUGUUAGGUUGGUGAGAGUAAUGAGAAUAUUGCGAGUGUACAAGCUUGUUCGACAUUUUGCUGGGUUACAAUCAUUAAUCUACACUCUUCAGCAGGCUUACAGAGAACUAGGUCUUCUUCUACAUUUAGGUAAGCAUGGAUAACCUUCCGGGUUAUACACAUGUUCUAGCGGAUGUCUCUU